AAAGUCCACUAGGCUUCCAACUGGGCUUUUCAGUUGUCUGAGUAGUUUAUUCUGUUUGGCAUGACUUCUCAUUUGCUCGAGAGAGACGAAGGGGAAGAAGAAACAUCUGUAGCAUUUCUGAUCUGAUUAGUCCAUAGUAGCUUAAUAAGACAUACGAGCAUACGACUGUGUAUAAGCUCAAAGGUACAGAAUUGCAGGGGAGGGGGAAAGAGAUAGAGGCGAAGAAUGGGAACGGCAUUGGCGCCGGGGCUGUCCCGGAAGCUGAAGAAAGUAUUGGAGACCCGUACAGACACGCCGGAUCUGCUGGCUUCUCUCAAUACUCUCUCAAAUUUCUAUUCUGAAAACACUCCUCACGCCCGCCGGAGCCUCAGAUCUACCAUCGAGAAACGCUCUCUCUCCAUCAACCAAGAGUUCCUCCUAGCUUCCUCUGCUGCUCAGAAGGCAUUGGAUCAGGUGGAAGAAGAAGUCAGUGCUCUAGCCGAGUGUUGUGACAAAAUUGCUUUGGCAUUAAGCACAUGCAACGCCACCACUGGUGAUAUUAUUAGUACCACAGAGAGACUAAAACAGGAACUUGAGAUUACUACUCAGAGGCAAGAGAUAGUGUCAUGCUUUCUCCGUGAUUAUCAGCUAUCAAAUGAGGAGAUAAAUGCACUAAGAGAGGAAGAGCUUGAUGAAGAUUUCUUCAAGGCACUCGCUCAUGUUCAAGAAAUUCAUGCGAAUUGCAAAGUGCUUCUCAGGACUCAUCACCAGCGUGCUGGUUUGGAGCUUAUGGAUAUGAUGGCCAUGUAUCAAGAAGGAGCAUAUGAACGCCUUUGCAGGUGGGUCCAGACAGAGUGCCGAAGGCUGGGCGACAUAGACAACCCUGAAGUUAGUGACCUUUUGAGAAAUGCAGUACGUUGCCUUAAAGAAAGACCUGUCCUUUUCAAAUAUUGUGCAGAAGAGGUUGCAAACAUGAGACACAAUGCCUUGUUUAGAAGAUUUAUAAGUGCUCUCACUCGCGGAGGACCUGGUGGACUACCUAGGCCGAUCGAAGUGCAUGCUCAUGAUCCUCUGAGAUAUGUAGGGGACAUGCUUGGAUGGUUGCAUCAGGCAUUGGCAUCUGAAAGAGAACUUGCCCUUGCAUUGCUCGAACCAGAUGUAACUGCUGAUACUGAGUCAACUCAACAUCAGUUCUCGAAAAAUCCUCCAGAGGGGGGUACAGGAAAGAUGGAUUCUGAUUUAACAUUUGUGCUAGACAGGAUCUUUGAAGGAGUUUGUCGUCCAUUUAAAGUAAGAGUUGAACAAGUUUUGCAGUCUCAGCCUAAUCUUAUCAUUGCAUACAAGCUUAGUAAUACCCUGGAGUUCUACAACUGGACAAUAUCAGAGUUACUAGGAAGAGAAACAGCACUAUGUAAUACCAUUUGGGUGCUUAAGGAAGCAACUUCCAAAACCUUUUUUGACAUACUAAAGGUUAGGGGAGAGAGACUGUUAAGAUAUCCUCCCUUGGUUGCCGUUGAUCUAUCUCCACCACCAGCUGUAAGGGAAGGGGUCUCAUUGCUGCUUGAAAUAAUUGACACACAUAAUAGCAUGAUGAUUCCUUUGUCAGAGAAAAAGCCUUCCUUUGAUCCAGUCAUAUCUGCUCUUUUAGAUCCUAUAAUCCAGAUAUGUGAGCAAGCAGCAGAAGCACACAAGUCCAAGGGAACCAUUCAGUCCUUGAGAAAAAGCAGAACGAGCUCUGAUCCUAUUCAACUACGUAGAUCAUCUAUAGAUGCUAUUGUGGAGACUGGCCGUUCCACACCAUCAUUUCAGAGCGAAAGGCCAGCCAAAAUUUUCCUUAUCAACUGCCUAUGUGCCAUCCAACAACCAUUGUUUGGACAUGGAGUUGCAUCUGAGUAUGUCAACAAACUGGGCGUGAUGAUAGAUGGACACGUGCGUGGUCUUGUGGAGAAAGAAGUCGAUGUCCUCCUUAAAAGGUGUGGAUUGUCAACUAAGAUGCCAUAUUUCCACAAGUCAUUCAAAAUAGAUGAGUCCGGCAACAUAGUCGACGGGCCACCAUUAGCAGAGCUCAAGGAAAUGGAUCCCGCAGCCAUUGCAGAGAAUCUGAAAGCUUUCUUUGGGCUCGUUUUGGGAAGUGAGGGUGUGUUGCCAGAAUUUGAGGCGAUGCAAGUGCCAAGACUGAGAUCAGAAGCCUGUGCGCAGGUAGCAAGGUCGCUGGCCGAAGCAUACGAGGUUAUUUACAAAGCCAUAAUGGAUCCUAAGAAUGGUUACCCUGAUCCCAAGUCAUUGGCCAGGCAUCCCCCUGAUCAGAUUAGGACCAUUUUGGGAAUUUGAUCCAUUAGCUUUCAGCCUUUCAGUACAUAAAUGUAAAUUCACUUGGUCUAUUUUGGUGGAGUAAACGACUACUAAAAAUUAUUUAUUUAAAUUGUGUACACUUUUGGCAGAGAACCAACUCAACCAAGUAUCUUUAAUACUUUCAUUUUUCAUUAAUUCUCUAAAGGAAAAAUAAGACUUAAUAUCUGAGCAUUUCUAUGGAGCCAUA